GUCUGAAGAGAAACGUGCAGCUUGCACUCCGCAGAAAAGGACAAGCUGACAUUGCAACUUCACGCCCAGAACGAGUAAUAAAAGGGUGGAAACGUGGUGGCGUCUUUCCAGAUAUCUACCGUUACUACAGUACUUUUGUAUCGAAGGAACCAUUUGUUUAGCAGAUGUUUUGCUGAUUGGCUGCAAUGAGGAACUUGGUGGUUGUAAGAGAGGGAUGGGGCCAGGUGGAGUGGAUUGUUGAAGAUGGAGCAGAUAUCAGCGGGCAAAAGGACGAGGUGCUUGCUCUUGCAACGGAUCAGGACACGGGUGGUACCUACUUUGCAACAAGGGAUGGGCUACUGUAUGAAAGAGAUGCCAGAGGCAAGACCACGCUGUUGGUUUCCCUCACGACCUUUUCGGAAGAUGGCAGCCCCCCCUUCCUGGAGCAAGGCGCCGAGAUUGUCGCUCUUGAGUGGCUUCCUGAGCAUGAAGCGCUCGCAGUUGCCAGCUUGCAUGGGGACCUAUUACUGGUCCACAGAUCUCCCGUAGAGGUCGAGGCAGUGGGGAUGCUUGAGGGGGGGGUAGCUGGCAUGGCUUGGGGCCCCGAUGGAGAGGUGGUCGCAAUCGCCACUGGCGCUGGGAAGCUUCUGCUAAUGACAAAGGAUUGGGACGUCCUUGCGGAAGUCGAGUUGGAAUCUCCAACAAUGGAAAGCCAUGUGGCAAAUGGCCCUUCUGGAGUGGAGAGGGUCUCCAUCAGCUGGCGGGGGGAUGGCAAAUACCUUGCUACAAACGUUGGGGGCUCAAUAGUAGUCUGGGAGCGGGACGGGUGCGUCCUCCACGCCCGCGCAGAGAAGGUUCCCGGCCUUCACAGCCACGUCGCCUGGCAACCCCGGGCCGCCCUGAUUGCCGCAGUCCAACCUGGCCAGGAUUUCACCCAUCCAAAAGUCGUGCUGUUCGAGCGAAACGGGCUUCGGAAGGGUGGGUUCGAACUGGAAACUGUACCGGGGGAUACGAUGGUGCGCGGCCUGCAGUGGAACGCGAGUUCGGAACUGCUGGGAAUCGCCCUGGAGUGGGGGGACACGGUCGCGGUGCAGAUCUGGUUCCGGUUAAACUAUCACUGGUACCUGAAGCGUGAGUGGCGGCGGAGCCGAACUAGAGUGGGCUCUCUCAACUUCGCCUGGGAUCCAGAGCAGCCCCUGCGCCUCCAGUUGUGGACCGCCCGGGGCGCCCAUUCGCACCUCGACCUCGCCUGGCAGAGCGCCGUUACCAUCGAAAACUGCACCGCCCUAGUUAUUGACGGCCCCCGAGUCCGGAUCACCCCCCUCCUGGAAACCAUAAUUCCGCCCCCCCUCUGCGCGGCCGCUGUGGAGUUUCCAGCACCAGUGCAAGCGGCGUGUCUUGGUUCCGACGAGUCAGGGUUUGGCGAGGUUUUGGCUGUCGUGCUUUCGGACGGGACGAUUGGACUGGCGCACUGUGAGCGGAAGGGGAGGUGGGAGGAUUUGGACGGGGAACAAGAGGGAGAGUAUGGGGAGCCGAUACUUAAGGGGGAAGUCGUGAAGGGCGUUAGCGUGUCGGGUCGGCUGGUGUUCUGGGGACGGGAACCGCUUACUCUGUUAGCUCUGGAAAGGGAAGAGAGCGGGCGGGAGAGCGCCUCGGUGCUGACGUCAUUCCGGUUUGUGCGGCAGUCCGAAGCGGGAAGUGAUGCGUGUUUGCGGAGUCGGGGCCAGUACGCCGUUCAGAGCUCGGAAUCUCAUCCGGUUGGCGGAAAUCUAGUCAGCUUUUGGCCAGCGCCGAAUGCCGAAGCGGAUCUAGUGCUUCUGGAAGGGGGGAAGCUUCAGUGGUGGGGUUUGGGUCAGCCCCCAAGGCCCUGCUUGACCCUGGAGAAAGGAAAUAGCUCGCGGAUCGAGGCUGUGAAAGUUGGAAGCGUCUGCCACGUCAUCGCCUUGAUGUCGGGCAAGCUGUACCUCUCAGCCAACUGCGUCGCGACAGGUGUCACGAGUGUCGUCGUCCGAAACAGCGGGGCAAACCAGGGGGACGGGGAUGGAAGCGCGUACGUCAUCUGGACGACGCAAAAAGACGAGCUGUACAUCGCCGAGCUGGGGAUGACGUCACUGGAGAAGCAGCGGGCGAUGCCGUUGAACGAACGGGGGGCGGUCCUCUUGGCUGCGCUCGGGGAAGAGGCCGGGGUUAUGAUCCAAACCCCGCGGGGAAACCUCGAAACCCUGUACCCCCGCGAGCUCGUUCUAGCCACGGCCGCCAAUCCGCUCCGGAGGAAAGACUACGCACAGGCCCUGGAGGUUUGCCGGCGGCACAGGUUAGACCUUAACCUGAUUGUUGACUUUGGUGGUUGGGAGCGGUUCGUGGAAGAUGCGCCGGCGUUCGUGCGGGCGGUCGGGAGCCCCGCCAGAGUCGCGGAGCUGGUGACGAGUCUCCAUGAGGGGGACGUGACCAGGGAGGCGUACAAGGGGCUGCUACCCCCCUGGAACGAAAACUCAGCCGAAGACAACCCAGAAACUACAGACAUGGGGGUGGCGAGGGUGAGCCCAAGCAAAGAGGGGGGUCCGGGGAAAGUUACAUCGGUCUGCACGGCUAUACGGGAAGCGUUACGGGGGGCUGGUGAGGGGAUUCAGAGCGGCGCGGUUGGGCUGUGUGUACUGGCAACGCACGCUCGAAGUCAGCCCCCCCAACUGGAAGAGGCGCUGCGGAUCCUGAAGGAGAUGCGACGGGCCGAGUUGCAGAAGGAUCCGAACACGGCGCUGGCGGGCCGGACGGUUGCGGAAAGGGCCGAAGAUGCGGACGAAGAGGGAGCGCCGCUGAUCUCCGACACCGCCCCGUUGACCGCGGACCGCGCGAUGCAGCACCUCAUCUGGCUAUGCGGCGACGCAAACGCGCUGUACGACGUGGCUUUGGGGAUGUAUGAUUUGGAACUAGCGGCCAUGGUUGCGGCGCAAGCGCAAAUGGACCCGAAAGAGUUCUUGCCGUACUUGCAAAGCUUGGCAUCGCUGUCUCCCGCUCUUCGAAAGUACACCGUCGACCGGAAGCUGGGCCGAUGGGAGAGCGCUCUUCGAAAUCUGGCACAGGCCGGAGACGAGCAUCUCCCAACCGCCCUCGCCAUUCUCUCCGAGCAUCCCGAUCUCUACCCGUCCGCCGUAAACAGCAUCUUCGUCAGCCAAAUCCCCCUCCGAAAUACGAUUCUUGAAGCGUGGGGCGACCACCUACUCAGAGGGGAAGCCUUCGAGCAGGCCGCGAUGGCCUUCCUCGCGGGGGGGCAUUCAGAGAGAGCCUUGGCGGCGUACCGGCACGGGGGCGCGUGGCGCGCAAUGUUCUGCGUCGCGGGGCGGCUCGGGUAUAACGUCAGCGCGACGCAAGAGCUUGCGCGGCAGGUCGUGGAGGAGCUGCAGGCGCUCGGCCGGCCGUCGGAUGCCGGCCACGUGGCACUAGAGUACCUCUCGGACGUCGAUUCCGGCGUGCGGUUGCUGACGGAAGCCGGGGCGUGGUCCGAGGCGUUGCGGAUCGCGUACGCUCGAGAAAGGGGGGAGCUCGUGAAUGACGUCAUUCUGGGGGCGGCGGUGACGUCAGCGAGGGGACACGUGGCGGACCUACAGGAGGGGCAGGAGAAGGUGGGGAAGUACCUGGCGCGCUUUCAGGCGGUGCGGCAGCGGCGGCUCCAGCUGGCGACACGUGUCGGCCCCACGGGCGCCGGUGACGUCAUCGACGAGGAUGGUGCGUCGGUAGUCAGCACGGCUGCCAGUACGGCGAUGAGUGGCUUCAGUGCAUAUUCGCACGGAACCGGGGGGGUGGAAAGCAGCGUGGGGACGGGGGGGGCGAGGAAAUUGUCGCGGAAAGCGAAGAAAAAAAUCCAGCAGGGGGGCGGGAAGAUCCGCGCAGGCAGUCCGGAAGAAGAAUCGGCACUCGUGACGCACUUAGCGGGACUACGCGCAAGCGAGCCGCUGAAAGCGGAACUGAAGCAGCUAGCGGAAGUGUUAGUCUUGUUGGGAGAAGAGCCGCUAGCGCGCCAGUUGCAGAGCCGGUUUGUCACGUUCGAACGAGCGCAGGAGAAAGCGCUGGAAGAAGCGCGGGGGGCGCAAGCGGAAGACAAAGCGAUUGCGGCGGAAGAAACGGAGAAAAGGAGGGCCGCUAGCCGGGGGGCUGAAGCGAGUGAAACGGGGACGAGGCUCGUGCGGCGGAGCUUCGUCGGGGAUCAUAACUAUGUCAAGUCGCACGGACGGACCAGGUCGGAGCUUCGACGGCGGAACGUGUACCAGCGGCCCAGAGCGUGUGAACGUGUUCCCUGCGUAGUGCCGUGCAACUCGGCCUGUACCAGAAAUGGCGGCCAGUCUCGAGGAGGCCCUCCGAAGAAGGGAGAGAGUGCUCGAACUUUCCUGGGCGAGCUCCGCCACCUGGCAUCUAAACUCCCCGAGAAAAUUUCUGAAGAUGCACUUCUGUACCGCUUCACUGAAGGGCUGAACCCUACACUGCGCGCAAAGCUGGUACUGAGUAGACCCGAAACACUACAAGACGCCGAGGAUGCUGCCGACUACUUUGAGGCCAACGAGUCACACCUGGCCAGCUUACUCGACACAGAAACACCGCCCAGCUCACGGUUUCCGCAAAACAAUCGUGGGAACCUCCGCCGCAAUGACGAACGAAGGCCCAGCGAGAGCACACCUCCCGCUUCCAACAUCCCAGUACAGGACAACCGCAAUAAGAACCAGCUCGACAAAGAGAUUUCCGACCUGACCAAGAAGCUGGGACAGCUGCACCUCCUGUCACAACAAAACGCAGGUGGAAGUGGAGGAGGUGGACGCCCCAGAAUCUGCUACAAGUGCGGCGAAGAAGGACAUAUGGCACGCGACUGCCGCAAAGAGCUACCAGCGAACAGUACUGCAGCUCUGGCUGCCAGCGACUUCGAUGACAAUGCAUACUGGGCAGCUCGUUAUGCUGCCAAGGAACAGCAAUUGAACACCACUGACGAACAUGUUCAUGUCACAGAGAUGGAGCUUCUCCCAGACUCUUCUGUGAACACAACUCUCAAAGACGAUAUCCUGGCAGCUGUCAAGCGUCACAGUGAUGCGCCAGACAAUGAGGGAGCACGCAAAAAGCGCGCCCCAUUUCCAUUAAACCUGCCGCGCCGAGAUACGUCUGACACACCCAUGCCAGAUGUGACCCCCACGGAACCCGGUCCUGCAACAACUGCAGCCCGCUACCGAGCUGGCCAUGGCCGCUCCAGCAGCCGGUACCAGACGCAAAACAGUGGGCCAUACUCCAUUCUCAACCAACUUGGCGCCACCAUGGCCAAAAUUGACUUUCGUACCCUCCUAGACAUUUCCCCUAAGGUCCGUCAAGACCUGCUUCAAUACCUCACCGGUCCCGCUGAGACAAGCUCAGCUUUGCCCACCAGUCUCACUGACUCCCAAUCGGCCGCCAGCUCAAACACCCUUACCACCAAUCUGCCAACACGAUACACCGUGGCCAGAUGCAAAGUACACAUUUUCAACCACCCCGUCGAAACCAUUCUCGACAGCGGCGCGUCCGCCACGCUAAUGGGACAAAUGCAGGCACGCCGACACGACCUGCUUGACAUGCUUGAACCACCGACCUGCAGCUUCAGAACAUCUAGCGGGGACCGCGACGUACCCUUGGGAAUUCUGCCCAAAUUCCCAAUCAAAAUUGGAGACCUUGAAAUCACCUUGGACGUUCACGUGGUCCGAGCUUCCAACUACGACCUCCUGCUUGGAAGCGACUUCUUCCAUCAGGUUGGAGCUACUCUGAACUACGUCGACCGUACACUGCGGUACAGGCUUGACCGUGACCGCUAUGCUUCAAUCCCCAUUGCUUUCGACACCUCUACAAACAUUAUGUACGCUGAAGGCACCCCGCUGACUUCGGCGCUUGACGACGCUGCAACUGAUACUGGCGAUGUGGACUCUGAUCUGGGCGAAGACUUGCCGCCUCUGAUCAGUCAUGACUCCGACGAAGAUACUGGUGAAGUGGAUUCCCAGUUUGGCGACGAACCGCCUCCACUCGUUGACGAAGAAUCUGACAGUGACCUCGGAUCCGAGCUCUUCUCCUCGGAUGACGAUGUACCUUCACUCCGCGAAGCGGAUUCCGACUCAGAAGACUCCGACUCUGAAUUCGACCCUGACGAAAUCCUGGACGAUCUAACGGCCGAAUUUACAGCGGCCAUGCACGCUGAGGAAAUCGCCGAUUCAGCAACGUACACCGUCCCUGCGCAUCACAUUGAACCACUAGACGAAUGGCGCGCCUCAAUCACUGGCGUCGUCAACUUUGACGAGAUCAUGGAAAACAUUCGCUCUAUCCGCCGUGGGACAGAGCUGACGGCAGCGCAGCGUGACAGCCUGACCAAACUUCUUACCGAAUUCGAGGGGUCCUUUCAGUGGAAAGGGCGAAAACUCGGGUUCACAGAUCUGGUGAAGCACCACAUCCGUACUGGGAACGCUGCUCCAAUAAAGCAGCGUGCCUACCGCUUGUCACAACGGGAACGAAACGUCGUCAUACAGACAGUUGCGGAGAUGCUGGACGACGACGUCACUGAACCCUCCGAAAGCCCUUGGGCGCAGAACCCUGUUAUCACAGGUAAAAAGGACGGCGGCGACCGCUUCUGUGUCGACUUCCGGAAGUUGAACGAACUCACUGAAAAGGACGCUUACCCACUGCCCCGCAUUGACGACUUGCUGGACCAAGUCGGCCAGGCGUCCUGGUUUACCUCAGUCGACCUCAAAAGCGGCUAUUGGCAAAUUGCCCUUGCCGAAGCAGACCGGCCCAAGACAGCUUUCAUCACCCCGACGGGCUUGUACCAAUUUAAAGUAAUGCCCUUUGGGCUCUGCAAUGCCCCCAGCACCUUCCAGCGCCUGAUGGACGUUGUACUUCGCCCCUAUUUGGGCCGUUUCUGUGCGGUGUACCUGGAUGACAUUCUCAUCUACAGCAAGACUUACGAGGAGCACCUCCAGCACGUCCGGCUCGUCUUACAAGCCCUGACAAAUGCAAACCUCCGCAUACACCCCAAGAAAUCUGUUUUCGCCGUCCGCGAACUCGUUUUCCUCGGGCACGUGGUCAACGCUCACGGCUGUUCACCUGAUCCGGACAAGAUUCGUUGGGUGCGCGACUUUAAGCCGCCCCCAAACGUCACUCUCCUUCGCGCCUUCCUAGGCCUCUGCGGUUUCUACCGCCGGUUUGUACACAACUUCUCUGCCAGGGCAGCUCCGCUGACCCUGUUGCUCCGAAAAAAUGCUCCUUUCGACUGGGGUUCUGAACAACAGGCGGCUUUCGAAGACCUGAAGUCCGCUCUCACGAACCCGCCCGUUCUGGCACACCCUGAUUUCAACAAACCAUUUCUCUUAAAAACAGACUACUGCGGCACCGGUCUUGGUGCCAUCCUGGCACAAACGGACGCUGAGAACCACGAGCGCGUCAUUGCUUACGCAAGCCGCUCUCUUACCCCCGCUGAACGCAACUACUCUACUACUGAGGGCGAGUGCCUUGCAGUCGUAUGGGCCGUCAAACACUUUCGACCUUACCUGCACGGCACCAAAUUCACCCUGCUUACCGACCACCACUCACUUCGCUGGCUAAUGAACAGCCGAGACCUCAAUACGCGCCUUAUGCGCUGGUCUCUCAAGCUGCAAGAAUACAACUUUGACAUUGAGUACCGGCCUGGAAGCCGACACGCCGACGUCGACGCUCUCAGCAGGCUUCCCCGCCCGCCCAACCCUGCCACAGUUCCUGAGCUUUGCGUGUUCACGGCCGGAGCCGCGGCCGGCUCCACUCUUAGGGUGGAGGAAGUACCGGCCGCCAGGACAACCGGUCGGCCGACCAGACCGCCCAUCUGGUUGACCGACAUGGACCACCAAGUCCGUGCCCCAGCUGCGCAGCCAGAACCCGACCACCAGACUACGGAGACUCGAGCGACAAAUCCGUACCUGUCAAAGCAGCCCGUACACAUCCGUUUCGACUCGGAUGAUGACGAACCGGAAAACAAUGAUCAGGACGAAGAUGACGCAGGCAGCCCACCUGACGACGAGAGGGCCGGCAAGUCUACCGGUCGCUCAAAGUACCCAGACAUAAUGGAGGAUGACGCAGUGAUGCAAUAUUUAACGGAUGGAACAAUCUCGGCUACCGUCUCAGUAAAAGAACGCAAUCGUAUCGUCAGACGGGCAAACAAUCACGAACUGAAAACCGGAAUCCUACGAAUCAAGCCAACUCAGAAGUACCCGAGCGGACGUGUCAUUCCGACGCCAGAACAAAGAGCAGAAAUCCUUGACUGGAGUCACAACGGGACCAACCAUAUGGGAGCUGCCAAACUCGAGAAACUUAUUUUGGACCAAAAUUACUACUGGCACAACCUCCGCGCAGACUGCGUGCGAACUUGCCAGGAGUGUACCAACUGCAACUUGGCAGCCAUCAGCUUCCGGCAGCCCCAGGCCGAAAUGCAACCCAUUGAAGUGAAGCCUGGUGUGGGCCGAGCCUGGGCAAUCGAUCUUAUGGGCGGUUUUCCUAAGACCAAGCGAGGAAAUCGCCUGUACAUAGUAGCCGUCGAGAGACUCACCCGUUGGGUGGAGGCUCGGCCACUCCCCAACAAAAAGGCAGCCACAGUGGCACGUUUCAUCUACGAAGAAAUCAUUGCCCGACAUACUGUCCCUGAGGAGACUUCAACCGACCAAGGCCGAGAAUUUUGGGCAGAAGUCCAGCUCGAGCUGGCGAGGUACGGCAUACAGCACAUCAAGACGUCCCCCUACCACCCCCAAGCAAACGGUCUUGCAGAGCGAACCGGGCAGACGAUUCUCCACGGAACUGAACGACGAGCAGUACAAAAUCCUGAAGAAUGGGAUCUCGACUUCCCUGCCGUACUGCUGGGAUAUCGUAUAAGCGUCCAGAGCAGCACGGGCUUUGCCCCGUUCAAGUUGAUGUACGGACGGGAUCCAGUCCUCCCAUUCUCCUUCCAGGAACCGCCGACUUUGAACAUCAACGAAACAGAAACCUGGAACCUGGACGAAACCAUCGACCACUUGAUGCAGACCGCCAGUACUCUCGACGAAGUACAGACAAAGGCGCUCAGCAACAUCGAACAAGCUCAGCAACGCCAGAAACUUGAGUUCGAUAAGAGGCACAGAACGUUUGAUCCGCCUGAGACACCAAUCGAAGUGGGAGACUUCGUGCUUGUGCAGACUGCCAAGCGCAGCAAAGUACAUUCUGAAGCAGAGAUUGGAACCUAUCGAGUCACACGAUUCCCAACAAAGAGCAACAUCGAGGUGGAAGAUGCCAAAGGAACCAAGUUCAUCCAUCACCUGGACAACGUCCGGUUGCACGCCAAGAGAGACGAAGUGGACGAAGAAGCACUAGAAGACAUGCUAGAGUAA